CCUGGCCCCAAAAGCCAGUGGCUCCACAAGUGAACACCAGUGCCUGCCACAAGCUCCCAGCCCUGGCUGUUUUAUUUGCAUGCUCUGGGCCCUGGGCUCCUGCCGUGGUUGGUAAGGCUGGAUUUUUCUGUGCCUAGCAGGAGAAAUGGGGAAGGAGUGCAUGGUCUUCAGUGACAAUGUCUUUGUUGAUGUCAAUGCUGCAGAUGGAUACAAACGGUUCUAUUGUUCUCAGCCCCAGAAGGGAGGGCUGUGAAUGAGCUCUCUGUGUGGCUUGAAGUGGGAGGAGGGACGAGCCAGGGAGCCAGCUAGGGUGGUGGUGAGAGUUCACUCUCAGGACAGUCUCCCACCAGGAGAUGGUGAGAGGGUCCAGCCCCAGCUCCACACCUAGGAGGAGAGACUGAGACCCUGGAGAUAGCUGGCACCGUUGGAAAGAAACUGCCUGCUCCAGAGUCCCAAGCUGAUGGCAUGGCCCUGGCACUGUAGAGAUGGCAAAGGGAAGGUGGCCAUGACUUCUAGGGAGGGGUGAGCUGCCUUGUAAGAGCUGGCACUGGGAUAGCUGCCCAGGAGAUUCCAUGUCGAAGCAGCAUCCCAACGCCCUUUGUGUGCAGUCUGGUCCAACUGAGCCCUGGAAGAAAAGGGAAGUUUGCAGAGAGGAGCUUAAGCGAAAGAAAAGCUGGUUGGAAAGGAUGUCACCAUCCAAGCAGCCAGGAGAAAGCAGGACCUGGUGAGAGAGGUGACAUGGUGGCCGCAAUGCUGCAGAAGAAGAAGCACUGGAGGUCCAUGUGCAAGGGGCUUGUUCUGGGAACUGUCCUGACCAGCUUCAUGCUGCUGCUGUACUCCUACAUCAUUCCCCCUCUGCAAGUCAGCAUGAUGGACAUUCCUAUCCCUUACUCCUGCUCCUCCUAUCCUGCCCAGGCCAGGGUGCCAGGUGUGGUGAACAGCACCCACAGUCCCCCGGGGCAAGGGUGUCUGCCCAAGCUAGACAUCAUGUUCAUGAAGACACACAAGACAGCCAGCAGCACCAUCCUAAACAUCCUCUUCCGCUUCGGUGAGAAGCACCGCCUGAAGUUCGCCUUCCCCAAUGGCCGCAAUGACUUCUACUACCCCUCCUACUUUGAACGCAGCCAGGUCCAGGACUACCAGCCCGGCAUGUGCUUCAACAUCAUUUGCAACCACAUGCGCUUCCAGUACCAGGAGGUGCGCAAGCUACUGCCGGCUGACACCAUCUUUCUGACAGUGCUACGUGACCCUGCCUACCUCUUCGAGUCCUCCUUCCACUACUUUGGGCGCAUCAUCCCCCUCACCUGGAAGCUGCAAGGCGAGGACAAGCUGGCAGAAUUCCUCCGUGACCCAUGGCACUACUAUGACCCUAACGGGUUCAACGCUCACUACCUCCAGAACCUGCUCUUCUUUGACCUGGGCUAUGACAACAACAUGAAUGCCAACAGCCCCUUGGUGGACCAGUACAUCCAGGAGAUCAACCAACAUUUCCAUCUGGUCAUGCUGUUGGAGUACUUUGAUGAGUCCCUAGUGCUCCUGAAGGAUCUGCUGUGCUGGGAGCUGGAGGACGUCCUCUAUUUCAAGCUCAAUGCUCGCAAGGACUCCACUGUCUCCAAGCUGACGGGUGAGCUCUAUGAGAAGGCCACCUACUGGAACCUCAUUGACACUAAGCUCUACCACUACUUCAAUGCCACCUUCUGGCGCAAGGUGGAGGCCUAUGGGUGGGAGCGAAUGGCCAGGGAUGUGGCUGAGCUGCACCGGGAAAACGAGAAGAUGAAGAGCAUCUGCAUCGAUGGAGGGCGCCCUGUGGAUGCCAACGCCAUCCAGGAGUCCUCCAUGCAGCCAUGGCAGCCGUUGGGCCAGAAGUCCAUCCUGGGUUACAAUUUGAAGAAGAAGAUCAACAAGAAGCACCGGAAGCUGUGCCGCAAGAUGCUGACGCCUGAGAUCCAGUACCUGACUGACUUGGGCGUCAACCUCUGGAUCACCAAGCUCUGGAGCCACGUGCGGGAGUUCUUAAAGUGGUAACAUGUGAACUGCAGAUGUCCCCAACUCCCUCCCCUCCGCUGCCCUCAUCCUCACCCAAGAGAAGAACCAAGUGCUUUCGUUUUCGUUUCUUCCUUACGUCUGUUGGCUGGAUAUGGGACAUGACACAUUGUCAACGAGCAAAACUGGCUUGAGGCUCCAACAGGGAAU